AUGGCUUUGCUGUGUGGCCUUGGGAGCGGCGGCAUGGAGGCUCUUACUACUCAGCUGGGGCCGGGGCGCGAGGGCAGCUCCUCGCCCAACUCCAAGCAGGAGCUGCAGCCCUACUCGGGUUCCAGCGCUCUCAAACCCAACCAGGUGGGCGAGACGUCGCUGUAUGGGGUGCCCAUCGUGUCGCUGGUCAUCGACGGCCAGGAGCGCCUGUGCCUGGCCCAGAUCUCCAAUACCCUUCUCAAGAACUACAGCUAUAAUGAGAUCCACAACCGCCGCGUGGCACUGGGCAUCACGUGCGUGCAGUGUACGCCAGUGCAGCUGGAGAUUCUGCGUCGGGCAGGGGCCAUGCCAAUCUCCUCGCGCCGCUGCGGCAUGAUCACCAAGCGAGAGGCCGAACGCUUGUGCAAGUCGUUCCUGGGCGAGCACAAGCCUCCCAAGCUGCCCGAGAACUUCGCCUUCGAUGUGGUGCACGAGUGCGCAUGGGGCUCGCGAGGCAGCUUCAUCCCGGCGCGUUACAACAGCUCGCGUGCUAAGUGCAUCAAGUGCGGUUACUGCAGCAUGUACUUCUCACCCAACAAGUUCAUCUUCCACUCUCAUCGCACACCCGACGCCAAGUACACUCAGCCAGAUGCCGCCAACUUCAACUCGUGGCGCCGUCACCUUAAACUCAGUGACAAGUCAGCCACGGACGAGCUGAGCCACGCAUGGGAGGACGUCAAGGCCAUGUUUAAUGGCGGCACGCGCAAGCGGACCUUCUCGUUGCAGGGAGGCGGCGGGGGCGGGGGUGCUAAUGGCGGGUCGGGUGGUCAGGGGAAGGGUGGUGCCGGCAAUGGCGGAGCGGGUGGCCCUGGGUGUGGUGCAGAGAUGGCCCCAGGCCCGCCACCCCAUAAGAGUCUACGCUGUGGCGAAGAUGAGGCGGCGGGGCCUCCAGGGCCUCCUCCCCCACACCAGCAGCGGGGCCUUGGCCUAGCUGCCGGAGCCGGUGGCCCCGCGGGUCCUGGAGGGCCUGGUGGUGGCGCAGGCGUACGUAGUUACCCGGUGAUCCCGGUACCAAGCAAGGGCUUUGGCCUCCUACAAAAGUUGCCCCCGCCGCUUUUCCCUCAUCCCUACGGCUUCCCCACGGCCUUUGGCCUCUGCCCCAAGAAGGACGACCCGGUGCUGGGCGCAGGCGAGCCUAAGGGCGGCCCAGGCACAGGGAGCAGCGGGGCCGCUGGCACUGGCGGUGGCGCGGGCGGCCCGGGAGCGGGCCACUUGCCCCCCGGGGCGGGGGCAGGCCCGGGCGGCGGCGCCAUGUUCUGGGGGCACCAGCCCUCCGGGGCAGCCAAGGACGCAGCGGCUGUCGCCGCUGCAGCUGCAGCCGCCACUGUGUACCCGACGUUUCCUAUGUUCUGGCCGGCAGCAGGCAGCCUCCCGGUGCCACCCUAUCCUGCUGCGCAAAGCCAGGCUAAGGCUGUGGCGGCCGCAGUAGCGGCGGCAGCGGCAGCUGCUGCGGCGGCUGCGGGCGGCGGCGGCACGGAGCCCCUGGACGGCACAGAGCCGGCCAAAGAGGGCGGCCUGGGCGCGGAGGAACGCUGCCCGAGCGCACUGUCCCGCGGUCCGCUGGACGAGGACGGCGCUGACGAGGCGCUCCCACCGCCUUUGGCCCCGCCGCCGCCGCCACCUGCGCGCAAAGGUUCCUACGUAUCGGCCUUCCGGCCAGUGGUCAAGGACGCCGAGAGCAUCGCCAAGCUCUAUGGCAGCGCCCGCGACGCGUAUGGUGCAGGGCCAGCUCGCGGGCCGGGGCCGGGAGCGGGGGCCGGCGGCGGCUAUGUGAGUCCGGACUUUCUGAGCGAGGGCAGCUCUAGUUACCACUCUGCCUCGCCCGACGUGGACACGGCCGAGGAGCCUGAGGUGGACGUGGAGUCCAAUCGCUUCCCGGACGACGAAGGGCCCCAGGACGAAGCUGAGCCCGGCGCGCCCAGCACUGGAGGCUGCCCGGACGGCGACCCACCCACUGGGCCCCCUUCUGCCACCUCCUCCGGCGUUGAUGGCUCGGCAGACUCUCCCGAUGGCGGUAGCCCCCGUCCGAGGCGCCGCCCUGGGCCACCCACCACCGGCAGGCCCGCUUUCGGGGACCCGGCGGCGGACGACGUGGUGCGGAGACCUGAGAGGAGCCCUCCGAGCGGCGGCUUCGAGCUGCGAGAGCCAUGCGUGGCGCUAGGGGGCCCCGCGCCGACCAAGGUGUACGCGACCGAGCGGGACCAGCACGUGAAGAGCGCAGCGCCAGCGCUGGGGCCCGCGGCCUCCUACCUCUGCACCCCUGAGGCCCACGAGCCGGAUAAGGAAGACAAUCACUCGACCGCUGAUGAUUUGGAGACCAGGAAAUCCUAUCCAGACCAAAGGAGUAUCUCCCAGCCAAGUCCUGCAAAUACAGACCGAGGUGAAGAGGGGCUCACCCUGGAUGUCACGGGAACUCAGCUAGUGGAGAAGGAUAUCGAGAACCUGGCCAGAGAGGAAUUGCAGAAACUCCUUCUGGAGCAAAUGGAGCUCCGCAAGAAGCUGGAGCGGGAAUUUCAGAGUCUCAAAGAUAAUUUUCAGGAUCAAAUGAAGAGGGAAUUGGCUUAUCGAGAAGAAAUGGUGCAACAGCUGCAAAUUGUCAGAGACACCCUAUGUAAUGAACUCGACCAGGAGCGGAAGGCGCGCUACGCCAUCCAGCAGAAAUUAAAAGCCCACGACGCCCUGCACCACUUCUCCUGCAAGAUGCUGACGCCUCGCCACUGCACUGGCAACUGCUCCUUCAAGCCCCCGCUGUUGCCCUAG